AUGGACGCUGGUGGGGUCCCACUGCCGCAAGACGAAGACGAUACUAUUAUGCCCGAUGCUCUGGACGAUGUACAUAUUGCGAUUCCCUCGACGUCCCCACGACAUGAAACUUAUGCCCGAGAUACCCGCGAUGACGAUAUGCAGGAUCAUCGCCGCUUUAUUCUACCAUCAUCAUCAUUUGCCCGGUCAACGACAACACGGCGGCGGAGCCAUCCCCGCCCAGUGACGAGAGAAAUGUUAGAGGAAGAGUAUGGGCGUCGGACGAGACUUGCGCUUGAAGGCGAGCCACCUGAUCGUCUUGCAGAGUUUCGUCCGUCACAUGCACAUUCAACUUUAUUUGAGAACAGGAAUGAGCAAUUGUCACAGGCGCUAUCAGCGCCUCAACUCAACUCGGGUCCAGCCCAACACGAAACACAAGCUCGCGUGCCAGCCUUUGCUCCUCAAUCAUCAAGGACCUAUCAACCAACCGAGGCGGAAAUUGAAGCUGCUCAAGUAGUCAUGGCCAUCGAUGCUCAAUCUCACGAACUGGACGAGGACGCGCUUGCUGUCGAUGAUCCUCGACGUAAUUAUGAUUUCGCGGAUUUCAUGGACACGUGGAGGUUGCAUUCCCUUUGUAAUAAACGACUACCAUCUUUCGAACUUGGUUUACAGUCAUCUCUUCGCCUGGGGCGUAGACCUGAUCAGAUCACGAGAGCGAAUGUGAACACCUCAUCUGUCGAUAUGCAGGGCAUUCGAUGGCAAUUAAUCGGACCUUCUCGGAGGCAAGCCACCACCGCUCGCGCCAUGCUGCAUCCCUCUGGACUUGGCGCGACCUUCUUGCCGUCGAAACAGCAAACCACACACAAUGCUUUCGUCGGCGAUCAUGAGAGACAUUAUCAGUUCCGUGCUACUGUCUCGCGGCACAAAGCGAACUUCAGUCAUUAUCAGCUUCGGAACGUGUUAGCCGCGAGCAACCGCAAUGAUGUGUUCUACGCCACUGGCAAUCACGUUAUGAGAGCAUCCAUGGCCUGUCCCACAAUGAAGGAGACCGCAAUGGACUUGUCAAAGCCUGGUACCAGCGCGUCUUCCUUCCGAGUGACGUGCUUGUCUACCUCUUCCAAGCAAGUAUUCUCCGAGUACCGCUCGGAUGAUGUCUUGCUCGCAGGCGGAUUUUGUGGCGAAUACGCUGUUCUAAAUCUGGACGCCGACCAACGGCACAGCGAAGGCUUCGUCACGCACGCCUACAAUGGCCUCGUCACACACAUCCACAAUUAUCACGACCGAAAAUCAGGCAACCUUCGCGCCGCAUUUUGUUCCAACGACCGGAAAGUUCGCUUGAUGGAUGUGAGUACGCUGAGAUUCACUGACGAGUUCUCAUACGAUAAUGCCAUCAACUGCUCUGCCACUGCGCCCGACGGUCGACUGCGCGUCCUCGUCGGGGAUACCUCAGAUACCCUCAUCACUGACGCAGAGCGUGGCGCUCCGAUCAUUACGCUGAAAGAGCACAACGACCAUGGCUUCGCGUGUGCUUGGUCGAAGGACGGCCGGCACGUGGCCACUGGCGCACAAGAUGGCAGUAUCUUAGUCUGGGACUCUCGAAAGUGGUCGAAGCCAUUGCGAUCGCUGGACUCGGUCAUGUCAUGCGCACGAUCUCUCAACUUCACCCACACUGGCGAGCUGAUCGUCGCUGAGAACGAUGAUGUCGUGAGAGUGUACGAUGCUGGUCGCUUCGAUGCGUGGCAAGAGCUGCGAUUCUUUGGCUCCAUAGCAGGUGUUGCACUCGUCGAUGGAGGCGCCGAGCUGGCUAUCGCAAAUGCCGACAAGACUGUUGGUGGUCUCAUGACAUUCGAAAGGUCAAGUCGCGGUGUGGGUUGUGGGAGUUACGGGCGGAAGGUUGCAAAGGCAGGUCCUAAUGGCGCUAACAGCCGGAGGGGAAAGAGUCUUAAGGACGAUGAGUAUGUUGGAGAGUUGCUGAUAUAAGAGCGACCGUACGCUUGCGAACGUGCGAAUUGCUGAAUCCGUAACGCAGUCAGGUCUGGCCAAUCACAGAGCCAUAGGGCCAUACAGCAGAGGCACCCGACUUCUCAAAUUCACUGAGCCAUCUAAUGCACCC